AUGCACGACCUCUGCAGCGAGGACGUACCUGGCCCUCGCUUAACGCGUGACCUGGCGGUGCUCCCGCGGCUUCUCUCCGAGGGCAGCGAAGCACCUGCGUCGCAGCAGGAGUGGGCAAACUUCGCGUUGCUCGGCCCCGCCGGCACCGAGCCAGAGGCCUGGGGCUCGGCCUGGCCUAGCAAAAUAAAACACAGGGACCCGGACAACGUGGUGCUGUGCCUGCUGGCGGCCGACGAGGAGGAGGCGGGGGACGCGGCUCUGCAGAUCCACUUCACGCUGAUCCAGGCCUUCUGCUGCGAGAACGACAUCAACAUCCUGCGCGUCAGCAACCCAGCGCGGCUGGCCCAGCUCCUGCUGCCCGCCGCCGGCCCCGAGCCGCCCGCCGACCUCCACUGCGUCCUGGUGACGAACCCCCAUGCCUCGCAGUGGAAGGAUCCAGCGCUGAGUCAGCUGAUGUGCUUCUGCCGGGAGAGUCGCUACAUGGAUCAGUGGGUGCCAGUGAUUAACCUCCCCGAGCGGUGACCGCGCC